GAGCUGGGGGGAGAGAGUAAGGUGGAUUUGUUUGCAGAGUGGGGUACUCACCUGAUCUAACUCUCAGAUUUGCCAGUGCAGCUGCUCUCCAAUGGCCUACAGUUACCAUGCCAAUCAGUAUGAAGGAGCGUACAACCACACGCGGAUGACCAGCUGGACUGUUCCCAAACCUCGGGAGCAAACCUCCAAGAAACCAAAAUUUCGAGAAGGAUCGAGCUUCUUCAUUGCAAAUGACAGAGGAUACCUGGCGCCAGAUGUGCCCCGAUCGAAGGAGAAUCCCUGGGGAACAUUCCUCGGGACCUGGGACCUUCCCCAACACAUCCCACAGCCACGACCCAAUCUCACAGCACGGAAGCCCGCCAAUGCAGCCCAACUGAUCAAGCAGGUGAAGGCGUCGCCGUUAUGCCGAGCCAGCAACGGCUUUGGACUGCAGCCGAUGUUCCUGCACUGCAUGGAGCCGGCGUUGGAGGAUCAGUGCAGCCAAACUCAGGGCUCCCCCAACUCUCCUCUCCAGUUCCGCACUCGGAGCGGAGACCAGGAGGCAACCGCUGGAAGUGACGGGCCCUUCCAACGCACCGGGCGGCCUGGCCGGCCUGGCCCUGGGGGCACUGCAACCAGUCUCCCACAUAUCCGCCCAUCCCCUCCAGGGACGCAGGGGACCGGCAGGGGCCUGUCCUCUGGGAUGAGGGGUCACGGGCUGGACUGCCAAGAGUACCCACGGAGUCGGGAGCAGCCGGGGCGGGAGCCGGAGCUAAUCGCAUCGGCCGCCCGUUGCGGGAGCCCCCUCAUUGGGUGAAUUGGCGGGGUUAUUGUGUCCUGUACAAAUCUCUAAAUAAAAACACUGAA